GUGGAGCUCACGCCUGCGCAGUGAGGACGGCGGCGCGGACGCGGCGGUGCAUUGUGGGAGCCCCGCGCGGCAGCUUGGUGGUGGUUGCCGCGGGGCGCGCCACGCGCUUAAAGCUGGGGCCAGGCGAGAGCGACCCCAGGGACUGUACGCCCGCAGUUAGCCCAAGACUCGGGGCUGAGAGGAAGCGCUAGAGCCCAGAGUUCUCCCUGGAGUUCGCUCCGCGCCGCCUGGAGAACGGAUCUGCCCGGCCCAGCGACCGCCGCUCCCGCCCACCGCCCUGGAGCCGCUGAAGGACGUCCACCUGGGCCUGGCCCCGCCCGGCCGCGGUGGCGGCCGCGCUCGCCUGGCCCUCCUCUCGGGCCAUUACAUUUACUAUCAUUACGGCUGCGACGGCGUGGACGACCGGGGCUGGGGCUGCGGCUACCGCACUCUGCAAACGCUGUGCUCGUGGCCAGAGGGCCGGCAGGCGGGCGUACCCGAACUGGGUGACGUGCAGGCGGCCCUGGAGGACAUGGGCGACAAGCCCCCCGGGUUCCGGGGCUCUCGGAGCUGGAUCGGCUGUGUAGAGGCCAGCCUCUGCCUUGACCACUUCGGGGGUCCCCAAGGGCGCCUAUGUCACGUGCCCCGUGGAGCAGGGCUUCAGGGGGAAUUGGAGAGGCUCUAUUCCCACUUCGCAGGGGGCGGGGGACCUGUAAUGGUUGGAGGGGAUGCGGAUGCCCGGUCAAAGGCCUUGCUGGGAGUGUGCCUGGGGCCAGGAACGGAAGCCUACGUCCUGGUAUUGGACCCUCACUGCUGGGGUGCCCCGAAAAACCCCAGUGAACUACAGGCUGCUGGCUGGGUGGGCUGGCGAGAAGUGAGCACAGCCUUUGACCCCAACUCCUUCUACAACCUGUGCUUGACCAGCUGUAACUCAAAAAAGCAGCUGCCCACCCUGGACUGAGGCUUCUCUAGCGCCAUACCCGUUGAUCUAACCCAUCUCAAAGGCAGAGGCUGCCUGAUGUCAGACCCUCAGGAAGCCCCAGCAGAGCCUGGGAUCUUUGGUGUCAAUAAAGUGGCAAGGCCCAGCCAA